GACACCCACUGGUGUUUCCAAUGUGAGCUAGCUAGCUGGGUCCUCUGUUGCUGCUCAGUUUGGCCACACCGACUUGCGCGUCUAUUUUGGUACCUUUUGCGCUCGCUAUCAGGAAGCCUGGCCACACAGUGCAUAUGAGCAUGGAUCUGAGGGCUUGACUCACUUUGGUUGUCAAGCUCUGGACUCAUGGAUUCUACAACGAGGACUUAUACGUAAUAUUGGAAGCCACCACUCACCAUGAAAGACCCAUCACCAAGGCAAUUUACAUAUGCAACCACUCCCCUGAUGUCAGACUGAGUUGGAAGGAACUGAAGGAUCUCCAGGGCCGCAGCAGCUGUAGAGGAGGCUGGUGAUGCGCAAGACAGAAGGACGCUUGCUGACAUCAUGAGCUGUGUGGAAAAGAGACACGUGAGCCAUCGGGUGGGAAGCAUGCUCCAUCACCGCUUCCCCAACGGCUUCACUGACCUGUUUAUGGACGAGACUGACCGGGAGGUCAGCACCCUCACCGAUCGAGCCUUCCGAAGUCUCUGCGUUGGAGAUGACGCAGUCUACAAUGACGACUUCUUGUAUGGAUACUCACCUUUCAGCUGCCACAAACCUCUGGCAGGGGAGCCUCUCAAAAAGAACAAUCAUAAGGAAUCUAAAAAGCAGGGGCAAAACAAAAAUGACAAGAAUGAGGCUCAGCCAUGGAAACAGCAGCAGCAGCAGCAGCAGCAGCAGCAGAAGAAGAAUAUGUCCCACAUGUCGUCUUUCCUCAAGGCAUUAAGUGCCACAGAGGAGAGUUGUGAGGGAAUGCUGAACAGAAAUGGAGCUACGACAGACUGUAAUGGAGAAUCGUGGGAUAAGUCGGCGCUUCGCAGCAUCCAAAGAGAGCUGUCAGAAUUCUCAUCGGACUACCACAGCAGUCUCAGAGACAGACAUUACAAGAAUCAUGGUGAUGGUUCAUCGAACAAAACUGGCAAGGAUGCUGGCCUUCCCUCGGGGAAAUCCACAAAGGUAAAAAAUGGGAAAUCCACUGUCAAACUAAAAAAACUGAACAUCAAGAACUUUUUCCUUCACAGUGAGUAUAGUCCUUUCCAAAUGUGGACAGACUGUAACCGGUUCCUCUUGGGGCAGGAGGACACAGUCACCUCUAUUCUCCCGACAGAUAAUAUCCCUAAAUGGUAUGACUUACCGUUUUACAAAGAGUUAACUGAGGCACAUAGAAAAGAGACUCUGCAUACAGAGGAGACACAGUCAUGCCAGAAAGAAACGGUUAAACCAUGUCCUCCCACUGCCCCUAAACCCAUCCCUCCUCCUCCUCCGCCGAAGUUGCUGCCAAAGCCCUCAGCCACUCCAGCUGAGAAGAGGUGCACAUCAGACGUAGGGGAUGGGGGUGCUGCCCCCUGGAGGCGUAACAGGUCAAGGGCAAAAAGUGCUAUUCCAGUCAAUCAGCCUGUCACGGCAUCUCAAGACAAUCAAGCAAAAACAGCAGAGGAAGGUCCUUUGUUUGUCAAAAAGGAAACAAGAUCUGUGGAAGUGAAAGCCAUUGAGGAAGUCAGCUCUUCGGCCUCUACGCCGUUCAGCAUCUGCCAGCUGAUGACUCCCCUCAUUCCCUCCAGACAACCGACGGAAACAUCAGAAAUCCUCCAGGGAGUUUUCUCGCCCUCUGCCCUUGACCUCCCACUCAGACCACACUCUGAGGCCAAAGUGACCCCCGAGCCUCCAGUCAAGCGGGAAAGCUACAAAUCACUCGCCUCCAGCAUCCUCUUCAACCUCAAAGACAACAGGAAGAGGGUGAAGAGCCGUUACAGUCCGCCUAAGUUUAAAACUUUAGAGAAGGUGGAAGGCGGCACGGAAUCUCCUCAAUCAGAUCACGUGAAAUAUGCACCAGCUGGUUCUGAGGGCAACACAUCUGGCUUAAGCACACCUGCAAUUUUGAAAGAUGGAUCGACAAUUUGCAGUCCUGUUUUGGAACCGAAUAGCUCCCAAGCCGCUGGUCUGGCAAAGCAUGACUCCGACAGGCCUGUGUCUGAAGAUUAUUUGUUAUCAAAUCUACUGCAAACCAAAAAGGAGGCUAACAGCAGUCUUGGGGAAGAGAACCCCAUCUCACCAUUUAUUAACUCCAAAAAGAACAAGAGUCCCAUGGCUAAAAAGCCAAACUAUCCAUCUCUGAAUUUAUACAAGAAAGCCAACCCUGUCGAUAGUGAUAUGAAAUAUCUGCAAGUCUCUCAGAGCACCUCGACUCCUGCGCACAUAGAUCAACCAGUGGAGACGAAUGGAGUUUCGCCACUCAUGCUAAACAAAGCACUUUCUCCAAAAGCGCUGCCAACAAACACAGAGCUGUCGCCAAAUGCUCUAAAUGUCGUCAAAGAUUAUUCACCCAUAAUUUCACCCCACACGCUUGAGAAAGAGGGGCUGUCAUCAGUGGGGAAAAGACCCCCUAAUGUAGCCGAGAAAGCAAAGCGGCCGGUGAAAGACACGAAAGAAAAGGAUAUUGGAGUGCAGCCGGCUACUGAGGAAAAAGAGACUGGUGGCCAAAGCAUGAGUACAAUGGAUGUGAUCAGAGCAGCAAGGGAAGCAAUUAAUGCAGCCAAAAAUAAAGCUCUAUCAGCAACUAAUCCAGAUAGCACCAAUAAGCCAGAUAUAGCAGAACUGAGGCAGAAUCAAGUGGAUGAGAAGACGUUAAGUAGCAAGAGUGAUGGUUCAGUACCAGAAAACAACAAUGUUGCGUCUCAACACAGAAAUGAAGUAAAACUGGAUGGUGGAAGCAGCAAUGUCAAGAGAGAGCCUCCCCCAGUUCCAAAGAGAAAUUUUGCAAAAUCUGAUGUUCUUGACAAACAUAAUGUUGACAAUGUCCCAAAUGGUGACUCUGUGGAUACAAAAAUAGAUUUACCACCAAAGGAAGAUGAUUCGGUCCAGAAACAAGGCAAGUUCAAACACAUAUUCUCAUCCAGGCAGAACAAUUAUAUCAAACAUCAGAGGUAUGCAGUGACAGAUACUGAACCUGAAGAGGAGCACGAAGAAGGCGAUCCGAAAGUGAACACAAGAAUGGAGACAAAUGAUGAGAUAAGAGAAAUGAGAGAUAGUGAGCACAUAAUUAAUGAUCUGCAAGCUUUGAAAGAGCUGGGUAAAGCGAGGCUUGGCGAUCGUGUACUUGAGAACGCAAGGAACAAACUAGGGGUUGUUAACAUAGAUGAGGAGACAAAGACGAAGAAUGAUUUGAUCUCAAGGGAACUUCGAAACAUAAAGAGAGGUAUGCUGUCUAUGAGAGGGAAUACAUCAGCUAAGAGAGAAAUAUUCACAAAGAAAGAGAAGGAGCCUAGCAAGGAAGAGACUUUCACAAAGCUAGACAGUAAUGUGAUAGUGAACAAAGCGCGUAUAAAUGACAAUUACGACAAAGCCAAAAUGGCACUUGAAGAGAUCAUCUCAGAAAGGCAGAAGAGAAGGAAUAAACCCACUGAGCAGGAUGCAAAUCCAACAUCUGAUGAGAGCAUUUGGGAGGAAAGUUAUGCGGCAAGGUUAGAGCAACGUAAAACAGCUAUGAAAGAUUCUGCCUCAGAGAGCAGGGAAAAACAAAAUGGCAGCAAUUCUACAUAUAAAGAGAAAGACCUAAAAGAGAGAUUAGGUGAUUUGACCGACCAUAAUCUCCUGAGACAGAUUCUGUCACAAACUGAACCCAGACUUGGUGAGACUCACCGAUCAGGUGGUAGGAUGGCACUGCCUGGCAUGGACAAGAUUGGCAAUGAGCUAAACGCACUCUUGCAAACUAAAGCUAAAUAUGUUAAUGCUAAACUAACUGAUAAUCCUCGCCACGUGACUGAUGAUUCAGAGGUCAAUUUCAGGCAAGUGGGGAGACAGGUGUCUGAAGAGAGUGGAGAAUACCCGAGGAAUGAAACUGAAGGCCAAAAGUUAGGCACUCCUCCUGUUCCUCCCAGAAGCAAAAAAGGAGGCAGGAGAGAAGGAAGCUUCUCUAAAGAUAAAGAUGGAGCAGAUGAAAAUGUCCUUGAAAAAGAUGGAGAAUUUGCAAAUAAAGAGGCAGACAGUGAAGAAGCUGCGCCCAGCCAAAGAGAAACCAGUUCAUAUAGAGAGAGAUGGAAUGAGCUCAAUAACACAAAUGAUGCAGCUAAAUUUGAGCCUAUUGUAAAUUCAAACCACUCUCAGUUUGAAAACACAAUGUGUUUGUCACCAGAGUUCACAGCAAGUGAAAAUAAGGAAGAUAAUGUGCAGAUAAAAACGAACCCCACAAAAGAAGCCACACCUGAGAUCAGCAAAGUCAAGUCACCGCAACAGUGCAAGACAAAGCGAAAGGCCCCGUUAAGACCAGACCACUUAAUCAAGGCAGACAACAGUGCUUCUAAGACUAUAGUUGAGAAACCUGAAAACAGUAGAGCUGGUGAUCAUAUGAAUGUGGAUGCUGAGACUCAUAGUGAGAUCCCCAGGAGCAUGUCGCCCGUGCAGCUCGUAAACGGCACUGGCUUCAGUCAGAGCCCACCUGAUCAGGCCAGCUUGUCCUCGAAGUCCUCCUACUUCUCCGUGGAGAGUGCACUGCACAGAAACACUGAGACUGAGUCUAACGUCUACCACUCACUGGAGAACUUGAUUGGCGAGGAGAACGUGGCGGACCUGGUGGACGAGGUUGACGAGACGCUGCAGAAUCUCUCGCAAAACACACAGCAGGAUUCAGACAGGGCAGAAGUGGAAUAUUAUUCUUUGAGUGAUCACGAAAGCGAGCCAGAGAUUGUAAAAUGUCAAAAGGAGGCAGAAGUACCGUACAACAACAGCAAAGAAAGAGAAGACAACACUAGAGAUCAAAACUUAACUGACGAAGGAGGCUCAACAACAAUGUCACCCACUAAUACCUUCUCACCAACUUUGGGGAUCCCUGCCUUGUUUAAAGUCAAAGAUAACACUGUCAUUACUAAGCGUAAGAAGACUGUCCAACCCUGGUCGCCAAGAGAGAGUCUGAGCGGGUCAGAAAGAGCAGAGGAGGAGUUAAACCAUAUAAAGGAAAAUCCAGAUCUCCCAAUGAAUAAUGAAACUGCCACCAGUGGUAGCACCGUAUUCCCAACAGAGAUCUUCAGACCUAAAGAGAUUUUAUCAAGCCAAUCACCACCCAUCGUCCUCCUCUCACCUCCUGAUCUCCAAAGUGAAAACCCUAAUAUAGUCCAAGCUGUGGGUUUCCUCACUGUUCCACAGGAGGACGACAGGUUUUCUGGGGUGAGUCCGUCAUCUGAAGGCGUAGAGAGCUUAACAACCAGCGCAACAGAUGUAGCUGACGAGAUGGCGAUGAACACUUUAGGGCUGAUAGAGCGUGAGGUAAAGAGGGUUCCCAGCGAACACUCGGGUUCCACCUGCAGCGGUAAUGACAGCCAAACAGGCCUGCCGAAGCCACCAGCCGUCUUGCCCAAAUCUGAAAAAGCAGUCCUAAAAGCCAUUAAGCUGGCCAACAGAAGGAUGAAGAAGGAGGCCCAGAAGUCAUCUCAGAGCAGCAGCAGCAAACACAGAGCGGAUAGACACAAGAGUGAAAAACCUGAGCACAAAAGCAGCAGCACCAACAGCAGCAGUAAUAAAAAUAGCAGCAGCAGGAGCAGUGAGAAAAAACACAGGGAAACAACUGAAGAUGGGCAUGGUCAGAAUGAAAGUCGGCAUACUAAACACAGCAAUGAUCGGAGUGAGCAACUGCCGAGCAGCGAUGAAAAACACCACAACAGCCGAAUGGAAAUGAGACACAAGGCUCGGAGACAGAGCCACGACUCGGUGGAAAGCAACAGCCGUAACAGAGAGGAAUGCGUGGCAUCGGAAAGGCAAGGUCGCAGCAGCAACAGGCAAGCUCGAGAUAAGCCGGAGCAGAGACAUUACAGCAGUGACAGGGUCAUCAGUAAUGUACCUGUGUACAAAGCUCAUGUUGGCGACAAACCGGCGUCGGACAGGCCGCUGCACCGAUCCCAAAGUAUCGACAGGUACUUGGGAGGUUCAGUAGAGCGCAGGCUCAGUGCUGACAUGUCGGCCAAUGAGAGGCUUGAUCCAAGGGCCCAGCGCAUUGAGAAAUCUAUCAUGGAUGAGCUUCAGCAGAGAGGCAGAGCAAGAGACAAGGCCAGCAGAGACAACCCACUGAGGAGAAGUCACAGUAUUGAUGCGUACAGCACUGAGAUGCCGCACCCUUCGUCCCUGUCCCGCCAGUCAAGCCACACCAGCCAGCUUUCCCGCCAGUCUAGCAUCGAACACACUAUUGUUACGCAGUCCUUCCCCAUGACCCAACGCAAGCUCCUCCAGGACCCAGACUCAGGGCAGUACUACUUCGUGGACAUGCCUGUUCAAGUCAAGACCAAAACCUUCUUUGAUCCUGAAACCGGGAGCUAUGUGCAGCUGCCAGUCCAGCCACCAGAGAGUGCUGUUCCACAGGUAUCCCCCAUGGAAGUCUUGACCCCACCACUGGUUGUUUACCACGGCUUUGUCCCGGUGCCUCUGUCUCCCAUGGCUCAGAAAGCUGCCAUUCAGGCGCCUCAAAGGGAACUGGACGAAUUUGAGCAGAGGAACCUAGAGAGGUCAAGGCAGAUGCACUGUAAAGAGGGGCAUCCAUAUUUAGAACCUGUCUACAGUCAACAUGACCACAUGCUAGGGGAGUUCAUAGGCACCGAGGAGCUGGACUGUCCCAGCUGAUAGGCCAAAGAAUCUACCCUCACCUAACGCUGAUUUGAAUUAUUAACUUGUGGUGUUUGUGGCAUUCCGGGAGUUAUUUUGAGAUGUCUUUUUAUGGCAUACCCUUUUUCAGCCAACCAUGAUCUACUUUACAUGUCCUGGAAGUAUUUCAAGCAUGCAACCUCAUUUCCCUUGGCCUUUUAAGCAUUUUCUGCUUAUAGUCAUUAUUGCAACAGAAAGUACAACACUAAUACAUGUUUGAUAUUUAACAGUGUUUCAAGUUGGAUUUAUUUUAUUUUUUUGUCUUCAAGCUUGAGCAAUUACUCAGAUCUUUGCUUCUGGUUUUGCAUUACUGCCCUCAAACUGAGGACUGAGUUUGAACUGAGCUAAUGAAUUUGUGGAUGAAUGACAGCUGUGGUUUGAAUGUGGGUUGACAGAUUUCUGUAAGAUAAUGUGCAAUCAAGAGUAAGAAAGAAAACGAACAUGGAUGAUCCAUGUACAUAAUGUAUUUAAGUGUAAACAGAGAGGGUACGGUACACGAUGAUGUGUUUAUUUAUUGUAAAUGCUGACAGGUUGUUAUAUAUUACAGUGGUAUCGGGUCUCCACUACUUUUCAGGUAUUAUGGCUUUUCUAUUAUUACCUGCAAAGUUUGUUGUCUUGAGAUUUCUUUCUUUUUUUUUCACCAGACAGUUUGCAGUCAUUUAGACAUACUUGAAAAAGAUACCAACUUUAGAAUUUCACUUGUUUGAUACUGAUUUCAAUUGAUCGUGUCCAUACAACUAGAUUUCAAAAACAUGUUGCAUGCUAGGUGCAGAUUGCACCUGUUAAAUGUGUUUGAUACGUCCAGUUUCAUUCAAAAGCGUGAGCUGCAAUUACUGUUUUUUAAUAUAUGCUGCGGACAUGAAGGAGAAUUGAUUUUGCAGGUUUGUUGCAUUGGCAUUUUUCUAAACUUAGAAUCAAGCAGGGCUGUCUUGUGUCUGUGAUCCAUUCCAAUAAAAAAAAGUACAGUUGCUACAGA